AUGAUGACGUUGCAAGGUGUAUGUCGGCUGAGUGGUCUAGUGGAUGCAUUGAGUGUGAUCUGUUCCAACCGGACCAUUCGCGGCGAUAUUACCAUAGCACCAAGAUGGAUAGGUGACGCCAUGGGGCGACUAUGUAACUUUAAGAGAAUUUUGCUCACAUGUGAACUUUAUGGAGACGUUGUGCAUGGUUAUGGUACGAUUACCCAGGCUGGAGGUUACGUCCGCUAUACUGCUUGUCUCGAUUUGCCUAACUCCACCUACAAGUGGCGCUGCCUAGGGAUUGCUAGGAUUUCAAAAAUAGACCUGACUGACGAAUUUAAAACGGAAGGUAUUGACACAAAUCAAAUCACUGCGUCUCACAAAAAUCUAUCCGGAGUCACCGCAGAAUCAGCUACAAACCACAAAUCGAAUGUAAAUGGGGAUAACAAUGCCGUCAGCGUUGAAGAAGAUCAAACGUACUCCACACAUUUCGUUGCCCUCCCGAAUCGACCGAGCACAUUCCAAUAUGCCUCAAUGAAAGCCCUAAGAAAGUUUUCA